AUGACUACAACAGAUAAUAGUAAUAUAUCAUCAUCAUUAUCAAUUGAGGACAUAAAGAAUGGCUUCAAGAAUAUACAGAAUAAGAUAACAGACUUCUUAGUACAUGAUACUGCUCAGACACCAUUGGAGGACAUUUGGGACUAUCACAAAGGUAGUGGAGGUGGCAUCACUCGUGUAUGGGAGGGUGACAAUGAUGAGUCAUUCUAUCAACAACUCGAACAACAACAAGGCAACACACAUUAUGAUACGAUUGAGAAGGGAGGUGUCAACUUCUCAUGUAUCGAAGGCGCCAAUCUGCCAUCGGCAGCAGCCACUCAGUUCAAUAUACCACUGUCAACACCGUUCGUGGCCACUGGCGUCAGUCUGGUGAUCCACCCUUACAACCCUCACGUACCAACCAUACAUAUGAACGUGCGCUUCUUCCAGGCUGGCGACCUAUGGUGGUUCGGUGGCGGCAUCGACGUGACACCCGUCUAUCCACAGUUGCCACAAGUGAUCCGUUAUCAUCAGCGUCUAAAGACCGUGUGCGACGAGUUUGGCAGCGCAACCAAUGGCACCACCUACGACCUCGGCAAGAGCGAGUGCGACACAUACUUCUUCCUCAAGCACCGCAAUGAGACACGUGGUGUUGGUGGUCUGUUCUACGAUCACAUUAAGGGUGACGGCAGUGCACAGGCCAAGGCCACAGCUUGGCGCUUUAUCGAGGCGCUCGGUCUGGCAUUCGUCGACUUAUACGCGCCAUUCUUGCAGGGCAACAAGGCCAUCACAUAUACAAAGGCACAGCGCGAGUUCCAGCUGUAUCGUCGCUCGCGAUACGUCGAGUUCAAUCUCCUGUUUGAUCGUGGCACCAAGUUUGGCAUUCAGUCCGAGGGUCGCAUCGAGUCCAUCUUCAUGUCACUACCAGCCGUGGCCAAGUGGAAGUACAACUACACGCCAACUCCCGACACCCCAGAGCACAAGCUGACUGACUACUUCCUACGACCACAAGACUGGAUCAACAUGGACAUCCAGUAA